UUCACCAAGGUAUAUGAGGAGUGUUUGGGAGCUGUAGUUGCUCCAUAUUUUUUUCAGCAUUCAGGAAGAAGUAAUGAGAUGGUUUUGAGUUCCUGAAGAAGAUUCCACUGGGUUAUUUGUUCUCAGUGAGGUCUGUUUGCACUAAUGUCAAAGUACCUCGGGAUUUGGCCUGUGUUUUAGAGGGCUGUGGAUUCUCCUCCUGGAGAGGAUGGGGCCUGAAGAGCGUGGUUUCCUUCCAGACCGUGAGGGGCAAUAGCCCUCUCUCAGUCUGGCAUGGACUUGAAGUGAGCAGGAAGUUUGUUCCAUGAGUGGAGAGAUGAAAGACGACAGCAGAGAGGAAGGAGAACUGUAAGCAAUGGCACGUUCGUGCUUCAUGGGGAGUGUGAUGUAAUCACAUGGAAAAAGACAGAGAUUACAGAGAGGAAGAAGCAAAGAGAGAAGAAGGAAGUAUAUGUGCAUAAGGACAGUGAAGGGGAGGAGGAAGAUGGGAAAAGGAAGGAAGAACAGAUGGACAGACGGACGAGAUUACUGGCAUGUCGCAGAUGUUGUUGCUGUACACACAAAGGUAGGAGAGCAAGAAAGGAGGACGUAAAAGGAGUGCGAGAAGAGAAAGACAGAAGAUGCUAUGAAGGAAGAAAACAAGGAGGUAAUUAAGAAUGGAAGACGACAAAGGGGAGAAAGAAAACAACAAAGAAGAUGAGCGGUGCGCAACGACCUUACCUCUAAUCGCUGGGUGAAGCUGGUUCUCAAGAGCCUCUGCCUCGAUUAGAAUAUUCCACUGUCUGACACUAAUGCCGUAAGUCGAGUUCGUGGAUCCGGCUUGUUUUUUCUGCUGUCUUGCUCCGGAGGCUUCUUGGGAGUUAGAAGAAGGGGUAAAGAAGAGGAUAGAGGAAAAAAAAAGCAAAAAAAAGCGCCCAAACAAUAGAAUGACAGACGAUCACGUUUGGAGGACAAAAAAAAGAGGAGAUGGCCAUGACGGGCGGAGGCGCUGGCGCUGUGCGGAGCGUGUGGGGCGGCGGAGCAGCGCACGGUGUCGCUGCAGGCUCAGGAACGGCGUGCGGGCGGCUCCGCCCCGGUGCGGCGGAGAGCCCGGCUGUGAGCGCGGGGGGGCGGCGCGGGCCGGGCAGCAGAGCCGCUGCGUGCGGGCGGCGGCGGGAGCCGUGCGGGGCCCGUGCCGGGGCCGGCACCAACUGCGGCCACAGCGGCCACAGCGGCGGCGGCGGCAGCGAUGGGCUCGCGUUGGUGCGCGGCGCUGCUGCGGGUGCUGGUGCUGCAGGCGGCCUGGGCGCUGGCGGGCGGGCAGGUGCGGUACUCGGUGGCGGAGGAAGCCAAGGCCGGCACGGUGGUGGGCCGUCUUUCGCAGGACCUGGGGCUGGAGGCGGGCGAGGCGGAGGCGCGGCGGCUGCGGCUGGUGGCGCAGGGCCGGCGGGCGAGCGUGGAGCUGAGCGGGGCGAGCGGCGCGCUGCUGGUGAACUCGCGGCUCGACCGGGAGGAGCUGUGCGGCAAGAGCGCGCCGUGCGCGCUGCGCCUGGAGGUGCUGCUGGAGCGGCCGCUGCGCGUCUUCCAUGUGGAGCUGGAGGUCACCGACAUCAACGACAAUGCCCCCAUCUUCCCCGCCGCCCGAAAAAACCUCAGCAUCGCGGAAUCAUCGGUGCCGGGGUCUCGUUUCCCUCUGGAGGGCGCGUCGGAUGCGGAUAUCGGAGCGAACGCGCAGCUCUCCUACACACUCAGCCCCAGCGAGCAUUUCUCUCUGGAUUUACAAAAAUCGAAUGAGCGAAACAUUGAACCCGAACUUGUUUUAACGAAAUCUCUGGACCGCGAGACGAUUCCCGUUCACCGAUUGGUGCUCACGGCGAGUGACGGGGGCCGGCCGUCUCUGACAGGCACGAUGGAACUCGUGAUCUCGGUGCUGGAUGUGAACGACAACGCGCCCCAGUUCAACCAGUCCGUGUACAAAGUGCAGCUGCCGGAGAACGCUACAGAGGGGACGCUGGUGACGAGGGUGAACGCCACAGAUGCGGACGAGGGAAUUAACAGUGAGGUGACCUAUGCCGUGACGAACUUCAUUCCGCCCAGUGGAAAAGAUGUGAUUUCCGUCAAUCCCAAGACAGGGGAAAUUCAUCUGACGGGCGCUUUAGACUUUGAGGAAGUGAAUAUAUUUGAUUUUCGUAUUGAGGCCAGGGACCAAGGUUGGGCCCCGCUGUCGAGUCACUGCAAGGUGGUGCUGGAGGUGCUGGAUGUGAACGACAACGCGCCCGAGGUGCGGGUGACGUCGCUGUCGGUGCCGGUGGCGGAGGACGCGGCGGUGGGGACGGUGGUGGCGGUGCUGAGCGUGUCGGACCGGGACUCGGGGGCGAACGGGCGCGUGCGGUGCUGGGUGUGGCCGGCGUCGCCGUUCGGUGUGGAGGCGACGUUCUCGGGCUCGUACUCGCUGGUGCUGCGCGAGGCGCUGGACCGGGAGCGGGUGUCGGAGUACGAGGUGGAGGUGCGUGCGGAGGACGGCGGGGCGCCGGCGCUGCGCGCCAGCCGCGGGCUGCGGGUGCCCGUGUCGGACGUGAACGACAACGCGCCGGCGUUCGCGCAGGCCGUGUACACGGUGCUGGCGCGGGAGAACAACGCGGCGGGCGCCGAGCUGGCGCGGCUGUGGGCGCGGGACCCGGACGAGGCGGGCAACGGGCGCGUCAGCUACUCGCUGUGGGAGGGCGGCGCGGGCGCGCUGUCGUCGCCGUCGUCGUGGUCGGGGGCGGCGGGCGGCGGGUGGCGGCCGGCGUCGAGCUACGUGUCGGUGGACGCGGAGAGCGGGCGCGUGUGGGCGCUGCAGCCCUUGGACUACGAGGAGCUGCAGGUGCUGCAGUUCGAGGUGCGCGCGGUGGACGCGGGCGAGCCGCCGCUGAGCGGCAACGCCACGGUGCAGCUGUUCGUGCUGGACGAGAACGACAACGCGCCGGCGCUGCUGCCGCCGCCCGCGGGCUCGGCGGCCGAGGCGGGCGGCGCGGCGGCCGAGGCGGCGGCGGCGGGCUGGGGCUCGGGCACGCUGUGGGCGUGGGCGGCGUGGGGGGCGCCGGCGGGCCAGGUGGUGGCCAAGAUCCGCGCCGUGGACGCCGACUCGGGCUACAACGCGUGGCUGCGCUACGAGCUGCGGGAGGCGCGGCCCAAGGGCCCGUUCCGCGUGGGGCUCUACAGCGGCGAGGUGAGCACGGCGCGGCCGCUGGACGAGGCGGACGGCGCUCGCCACACGCUGCUCAUCGUGGUGCGCGACCACGGCGAGCCGGCGCGCUCGGCCACGGCCACGCUCAGCGUGUCGCUGCUGGAGGCGGCCGAGGCGGCGCUGGCCGCGGCCGCGGGAUCGUCGUCGUCGUCGUCGUCGUGGCGGGCGGCGCCGGGCGCCGAGACGGGGCCCGGCGGAGCGAGUGCGGCCACCAACGUGUGGCUGGUGGUGGCCAUCUGCGCCGUGUCGAGCCUGUUCCUGCUGGCCGUGGUGCUGUACGCGGCGGCGCGCUGGGCGCCGCGGGCGGCCGUGCUGUCGGCGCCCGGGCCCACCACGCUGGUGUGCGCCAGCGAAGUGGGCAGCUGGUCGUACUCGCAGCGCCACAGCCGCAGCCUGUGCGUGGCGGACGGCGCGGCCAAGAGCGACCUCAUGGUUUUCAGCCCCAACUUCCCUCCGCCGCCGCCGGGCGCCGCGCCCAAGGACCCGCAGCCGGAGCCCUCCGCUCUCCUCCACACGGUCAGUGCUCCUCCCUUGCUCACGUCUCGCCUUUUUUCUCCUCUGCCUCUUUUGUCCUCUGCGCAUUCUCGCCCCUUGGUUGGUUCUGGCUUGUAGCGAGGCUCCGCCCCC